AUCACAACUUUCUUCUACCUCUGCUGCGGCGGCUUCGGAUAUGCAGCCUUCGGUGAUUCAACACCGGGGAUCCUCUUGACUGGCUUCGGAUUCUAUGAGCCUUACUGGCUUAUUGACUUUGCUAACGCUUGCAUUGUUCUUCAUUUGGUUGGAGGAUAUCAGGUAUUUAGUCAGCCACUUUUUGCACUGGUAGACAAAUGGUUUGCAAGGAAGUUCCCAAACAGUGGAUUUGUGAACAAUGACUACACUUUGAAACUUCCCUUUUUCCCAAUUCUCAGACUAAAUCUUCUCAUACUUUGUUUUCGCACAACUUGUGUGGCGUCAACAAUUGUGAUUGCGAUGAUCUUUCCAUACUUCAACCAAGUUUUGGGAGUUUUGGGAGCCUUGAAUUUUUGGCCACUUUCUAUAUAUUUUCCUAUGGAAAUGUACUUCAUGCAGACGAACAUUGAAGCAUGGUCGACUAAGUGGAUCGCUCUUCAUGCUUUUAGCAUUGUUUGUUUGCUUAUGACUAUGUUCGCGUUGGUCGGGUCAAUUGAGGGACUUACAUCAGCAAAGUUGAGCUGAGAAAAACUAUGUUCUUGUCUCAGUGAAGAAUGAAUAAUGAUAGCAGCCCCGGUUGGAUAUAUGGGAAGUUGUUUAAUUGUUUUGUGAAUUGUUAACAAAGAACAAUAGCUUAAGAUUAUGUUUUGGGCAUAUCUCUAGAUUUUUAUUAGAGUGGCCUCAGCAUUGUUAGGAUUACUAUGAUUUUUUUUUAAACUUCUUUCUUGUUGUCUAAAUUUUUCUCUUGUAUUUUUUUUGUGAUUUUCUUAUUGAGAAAU